AUGUUUGCCCGCUUCGACAACUCAUCUUACAGAGAGCUCUACACACUAAGAUCGCCGCUCAGCUCCAUGGAUAGGCCGACGGCUCAUUCGUCCAAUAACCUAGUUAGCCGCAUUUUACAGGUUGCGUUGGGUCUAUUUGUAACCACUUCAGAUCUACCAUCUUUACCAGAAAAUCACGAGCUUCUUUCUUUCGAUUGUUCCUUUGACUCUCCAUGCAGAUGGGAAUCUGUCGGUAACACUGCUGAUCGCUGGAGAGUUGCUAGAGGCGAACCUGAUAGUUUACUAUGGUUAGCGGCAACAGGAACAAUGCAACUUCCAAGAGAGCCAUUUGUUUUGAUUGAAUCUCGAGGAAAUCCGGUUGAUUCGUUGAUGACUGACGCCAUUCGUUGCCAAAAGGGAUAUGCGGAUCUUUCAUUCACAUAUUGGGCAAUUGGAAAUGCGGAUCUUGAAAUUUGUUUGACUGACUUGGAAGGACAGAAAUUUAAUUGCACUGGUCAGCUAAAUUCAAGUGUGAUGCCUGGAAAAGUUUCAUUGAAAAUACCUGAGCUGCAAAAGCCUUUCAAAAUAAUGAUAUCGCCCAACAGCAAUCCAGGAGUAUUAAUUCUUGAUGACAUUCGAUACGAUGCUUCGAUUUGUCAGAAUCCCAUUGAAGCAGGUGUACGAGGAAGACCAGACUUCAUGUCAACAUCGGCGCCAAAGAAGAUUCUUCCAUGGACGAUGCGAAAAACAAGCGGUGAAGUAACAAAACCCACUGCACCAAUAACAACAACCACUGAGGAAACGACAACGACUCCUACAACAACGACCACUGAAGCAACGACAACACCUUCGACAACAACCACAACAACCAGUGCAACUAUAAUGAGCAGCAGCGCAGCCACUACGGAAAUACCUUUUGAUCUGUUGAUUCUCGGAAAUAGGACUAAACCGCUUUUUGACAGGAGAAAAGGAGAAAUUAUUACUGACUCAACAAAACUACUUUGCGAUUUCAAUAAUGAGUUUGCUUGCCAAUGGGGUCCAGAAGCUGGAAGAUGGGCAAUCAUUGAAAAAGGAGCAAUUCCAUCUUUGGAAGACUCCAUUGCUGAUAUCACUUUACUUCCAACUUAUCCAGCGGCAUUAGUACUUCAAGGAACAGCAAUGCUUGCAAGCGAUCCAAUAAAAUGUCAAACUGGUUCCGCAAAAGUUCUAUUUCGUUAUUGGUCGAACGGUGAUAUUCUAUUACAAGUAUGCGCUUUGGGCUACGGAGAGAAAAGCGACAUCAUACAUUGUGUUGAGCAAACACGAACCGUUCGACAUGAAAGGAAUACUUUAGCUAUUUUCGAGAUCAACAAGUCGAUAAGCGAAACAUUCACAUUAAACAUAGUUCCGCAAUGGGAAGUUGGGCUCAAAAAUAGAUUCCUAGUGAUUGAUGAAAUUGCAUACAUUGGAGAGUGUUCGGACGAAACAACACAAGAGCCAUUAGUACUUGGAGUAACCACUACUCUAUCCACAGUACCUCCUGUUGAACCAACAACGGAGGAAGAGGAAACAGAAAUUGAAGAAGUUUCACCAUCAGUAGAAGAAGAGGAAAUUGAGGAGGAGACUGAGGAACCAACUACUACUCAAACCACAACGACUACGACCAGAGUUCCUUCAACAAUUCUUGGAAAGCACACAAAACCUCCACAUUUGAAGAAAAAACCACGAAUUUUGACAACAUUUGCUCCGGUUUAUCCAGAAGAAUUAUAUACACCACGACCAAAAUCAGGAAAACCUUCAUCAAAAUCAACAUGGAAUAUUGUGAACACUACUCCAGAUCCACGACAAGACGAUUACUGCAGUUUAUUGAACUGCAAUUUUGAUGAUACUGCCUGCAACUAUUUGAACCAUGGUUUAACCAAAAAACCAUGGACCUUGAGGAAUCGAGGAUAUGGAUAUCCAUUGACGGGGGCAACUGAUAUUCGAGCCACAAACACUAACGGCCAAUUCGUUUCUUCAAUAUUAGACCCGGGAGACAUUGCGAUUCUAGAAUCUCCCAAAUUCAAUGCAACAAAAUCGUUGAAUGUUCUGCUAUUCCAAUACUUCCGUCCAUCUCAAAUGACUACCAUUCGAUUAUGUUUAGGAUCGAGAUACACAAACCCAAUGCGAACGGUUUCUUCUUUCACUCAGUGUCCAUCCAUUCUUAGAUCAGUCACCUCGAAGAAUGCAUAUCGUUGGAACACAGUUCAUGUACAACUACCGCCAGGAACAACUCAUUUCUAUCUGGUUGCCCAUAAUAGCGAACGAGCCGAACAACGAGCGGCAAUGGCCCUUGACAAUAUGCGAGUUGCAAUCUGCGAUACAAGAGGAUUUGCGCCGGAUUAUAUUGACGAAACCACCGAUUUCCAAAACUUCAUGCAGAUCUAA